CUUCAAGGAAUUACUAAAACUCUUCCCAUCGCUCAGGCGGAUACCGAGAUGGCAAUUCUCCCUGUUCAGAGCACCACUCCAUCAACACGUAUGAAGAAUGAAGACUCAUUCCUAGUAGCCUAUGACCCUUCCUUCGACAUCGACAACCCCAAGGACUGGCCAUCAGGAAGAAAGUGGGCGGUGACUGACGUCCUCUCGGCGACAGGUUUCAACCGCAUAAUGGUCAGCACUAUCAUGGCGCCUGCAUUGACUACUAUCGCAAAAGAACUUCAUAUGAGUUCUGCGGAGGCAGUCAUGGCACUGUCCAUUUACCUUCUUGCGACGGCAUUUGGACCACUGGUCAUCGGUCCGUUAAGCGAAGUCUAUGGCAGGAAAAAGAUCUUGCACGCUUCGAACAUCUGGUUUCUUGUUUGGAACAUUGUGUGUGGGUUUGCGAAUUCAAAGGAAAUCUUGAUUGCUGCAAGAUUUCUUGCAGGAUUUGGAGCAUCCAGCAUAUAUGCGCUUGCAGGUGGUGUUCUAGGCGAUGUGUGGAGACCUGAGCAGAGGGGUCAGUCGUUGGGAAUCUAUCUAUUGAUUCCGUUGCUUGGGGCUGCCGUUGGGCCCAUCAUAGGAGGCUUUAUGGCCUUCCGUACAACCUGGCGCUGGAUGUUUUGGUCAACGUCUAUCUUCCAAGCUGUCAUGAUCGUCGUGUCGUUCACCGCCUUCCAAGAGACAUACCCUCCGUUGAUCCUCGCACGUCGCGCUGCAAGAUUGCGCAAAGAAACCGGUGAUGGCCGAUACUACACGCAGCAUGAGCGCGCCAUAGCCAACAGAUCCAUAUCCUCGGUCUUGAGUAGAGCUUUAAGCCGCCCACUUCGAUUACUGAUCUUCCACCCCAUCAUUCAAAUUACCAGUCUUAUCUCAGCGUUCUACUAUGGAAUUCUCUAUAUCGUCCUCGCCAGUUUCGCGGAACUCUGGACCAAGCAAUACCAACUUUCUCUUGAGAUGAGUGGUCUGCACUAUAUUGCUUGUGCCCUCGGUGAGCUCGCAGGGGCGCAGUUCAGUGCGCCAGUCAUGGAUUAUUUCUACCGCCGCAUGAAAGCAAAGAUCUCCGAGGAUGAUGUUGCCCCAGAGUACAGGAUCUUGCUUAUCUUCCCUGGCGCUCUGAUAGCUCCAAUCGGCCUCUUCAUAUACGGAUGGACAGCACAAUAUCGUGUGCACUGGAUAGCAGUAGAUAUCGGCAUAUUCUUGACGACGUUCGGGAUGCAGGUUGCUGGUAUGCCACUCCAAGCUUACACCAUGGAUGCGUAUCCAGAUCACACCAGUAGCGCCAUGGCAGCGUCCCAAUUCUUACGAAGCUUGACCGCAUUCCUGUUUCCGCUUUUCGCACCGAGUAUGUAUGAGGCUCUUGGCUAUGGUUGGGGAAACAGUGUGAUGGGAUGUACUGGGUUGAUAUUUGGGCUGCCAGCACCACUAGCGCUUUGGUAUUGGGGUGCGAAGCUCAGGAAAAACGCGCGAUUGAGUAAUUGAUAGGUGUGUUGUCCGGGAGCGACACAAUUCGUCCGUAUCGUCUAGUGUGGAAAGAAAGCCGCUAUCAUGCAUAGAUAGUCUCUGGAAGGCAAAUGAUAGAGAAUAUACAUCGGAUUAAUUCCGUCAC